AUCUGUUGCAGAACAAAAAGGAAAUCUGAAGUUGAAGAUGUAGCCUUGCGUUGCACUGCGCUGUUUUCUUUAACAUGCUGUUUAUGCCUGCAUGUUGUCUUAAAUCUUUGCUCUUAGCUGAUUAGCUAUUUUUGCUAUAAAAGUGCACAUGACUGUGAGAACUGCAGCAGGGAAAAGGAGACGAGCCGGUGGAACAUGGACUAAACUGACUGGUCUGUCCUAUUUUUCCAUUGCAGUUGGAAUUCAGUUGGAAUGCUUGUCUUGCCUUAUUUGAAGGCCUUACAGUGCCAUUCUGAAUGUGUGAGAGGUGUGAGAGGUGUGAGAGGCAUCUUUAGAAUUUUAACAAUCAAAUAACAUGGCACAGACAGUUAUAACAGACUAAACAACAACACUGUCAGUGAGAUGAAUCCUCUCAUGAGAUGUUUUAUGAUACUCUUUGAGUGGAUAAGCUUAUGGCUGAAAUAUGGUCUUACAAGACUUUGGGGAGCUUUUCCAGUAGUCAGCAAUUGGAUAGCAUCCCCAGGUAUCACAGACAGAGGAACAUGCAAAGCAGACUCAGAGGAGUGGAAAACCAAUGAGGCACUCCGUACAUAUCACCUUGGAGAUGGAGAUGAAACCAUGGUUACAGUUCAAACCAGCACAUGUGCAUUCCAUGUAAGUAAAAAAACAAAACAAUGCUCCCAACCAUACAGGUUAAUCAAAAACUAACUGGAGGCCGCUGGAAUUUUGGUUUAAUAAUUCAUUUUUAAGGUGGACCUUGGGAGACUCUCAGAGUGCAGCGAGUACUUCCGAGCUUUGUCCCAGUCCAGAAUGAGAGAGACCUCAGAGAGCCUCAUCCACCUGGACCAUGUGUCCUCCUCAGUCUUCUACAAUCUCCUUGAGUUCGCCUUCUACAAUAAAUUUAAAGUCCCUCAGGAGGAGUUGGGCACACAUAUCCAGGUCAGCAGCUAUCUCCUGGCUGAGGCCUUCCUCUCAAAGUGCCUGUCAGUCCUGGCAGAUGAACUCAGCCCAGGUAACAGUUUGUCCUACCUGAGUCUGGCUCAGGAGAUCUGUUGUGUGGAGCUGAAGAUGACUGUGUUCACCUACCUGAGUAGAAACCUGCUGGAGCUGCCUGACCUCAUCAAGUGUCUGAACGAUGAAGAGAAGGACAUAGUUGUCCACCUGAGGACACAAGGACACCAACGUCUCUGCAGCCUUAGGAAAGAGAACCUGACAUCUUGGAAUGAUCCAGAAACAGAACGUGCCCGACAUAUCUUCACCCUGAAAGGGUCAGAGGACAGUGGAGAUUGGUAUCCAGUUACAGAGCUUCCUUUCAGGGCUGAUAAGUGGUGUUUCACUACAGUGGUCCUGUAUAACUACCUGUACAUUAUAGGAGGCUACCGGCAGCGUGUCAAGAGAGGCUGGGAGUUCAAGAUGGCUUCCUUCAGGUAUAAUCCCUUUACUCAUACAUGGGUCACCACAGCUCCUCUGCUUAAGCACAGAAGGCACUUCAGUGCAGUGGCCUGUGAAGACUGCAUUUACGCUGUGGGAGGCUGGUACUUAGACUCACUGGUGACUCCGGACUCCAGCACGGCUCUCUAUACAGCCGUGGAACGCUAUGAUCCAUGGGACGACGCAUGGAGGUUUGUGUCCUCUUUGUCACUGUCUUCCAGCUGGUUUGUUUCCUCACUGCCGCUCACUGACUUCCAGUUCACCAUGUCCUUGUCCCAUGACGUGCCCCUUGCCACUAGCCUUGGACACUGUCUCUAUGUGUUGGGGAGCAUCCAGAGGACUGGAGAAAAACUGCUGCUGCAGUACAACACGGGGAAAGACUGCUGGUCUGAACUGCUUCCCACCCUUACCAGAGUAGAUGCAGACCUCCCUACUCUUUACUUCCUGGGUGCCACUGACAGGUUGCUUGUGAUUGGUACAAACAACUCAGAGAAUGUGGUGACAUCAUUCUGUGUGCAGUCAAAGAGAUGGGGACAGGCGCACAGGGCUGAGAAAGUGGCAUUUGCAGGACAGGGGACAGUUGUAGGUGACCAGGUCCUGAUGCCAAGUAUAGAGCACAACACUGUUGCAAGGAUGGAUCUCCAAACUCUCUCCCUGAGAGUUCUUCCUCCUCUACCCAUCUCCACCCGCUAUGAAGCUAUCUUUUAUCUUAACUUUUAAUGUUAUAGUUAGCUUCUUUGCUAUACUGUACAUAUUUUGUGAUUGUUUUUGUGGCUGAAUGUAAUAGUGCUCAAGUCUUUCCCAAACAUAAGGAGAUAAACUCCCUGGGUGAAUUAUAAAUUACAAUUGCUUUGAACUACGAUUCUCUUUGGACAUUGGUACUUAUUAGACUGUUGUGUACCUGUAUAUUCUGUAUACAUAUAAUUUCUGCUGUACAAAAUCUCAAUGGGAUUUUUCUAGGUUAAUAAAGAUUAUUUGUGAAUAAGGAUCUACGUACAUAAGGUAUCCUGAAAUGUAAGACCCAGUCCAUGACUGUUUGUCCAAAACAACAUUUUGCUUUCUAUCUUCUCUUGAUAAACACCAUUAGGUCCCAUUUUCUAACCCUCUAAUCGAAGCAAAGUCAUGACGCUUGAAUCUGCUGAUAAUA